AUGAAAACUUGUUCUCAACUGGCCUACCAUGGGGACUCUGACAAGCAUGAGGACUCUGACAAGCAUGAGGACUCUGACAAGCAUGAGGACUCUGACAAGCAUUGGGACUCUGACAAGCAUGGGGACUCUGACAAGCAUGUGGACUCUGACAAGCAUGAGGAGUCUGACAAGCAUGAGGACUCUGACAAGCAUGAGGACUCUGACAAGCAUGAUGAGUCUGACAAGCAUGAGGACUCUGACAAGCAUUGGGACUCUGACAAGCAUGAGGAGUCUGACAAGCAUGAGGACUCUGACAAGCAUGAGGACUCUGAACAGCAUGGGGACUCUGACAAGAAUGGGGACUCUGACAAGCAUGAGGACUCUGACAAGCAUGAGGACUCUGACAAGCAUGAGGACUCUGAACAGCAUGGGGACUCUGACAAGCAUUGGGACUCUGACAAGCAUGGGGACUCUGACAAGCAUUGGGACUCUGACAAGCAUGGGGACUCUGACAAGCAUGAGGAGUCUGACAAGCAUGAGGACUCUGACAAGCAUGGGGACUCUGACAAGCAUGGGGACUCUGACAAGAAUGGGGACUCUGACAAGCAUUGGGACUCUGACAAGCAUGGGGACUCUGACAAGCAUGGGGACUCUGACAAGAAUGGGGACUCUGACAAGCAUGAGGAGUCUGACAAGCAUGGGGAGUCUGACAAGCAUGGGGAGUCUGACAAGCAUGAGGAGUCUGACAAGCAUGGGGAGUCUGACAAGCAUGGGAACUCUGACAAGCAUGAGGACUCUGACAAGCAUGAGGACUCUGACAAGCAUUGGGACUCUGACAAGCAUGGGGACUCUGACAAGCAUGAGGACUCUGACAAGCAUGAGGACUCUGACAAGCAUGAGGACUCUGACAAGCAUUGGGACUCUGACAAGCAUGGGGACUCUGACAAGCAUGUGGACUCUGACAAGCAUGAGGAGUCUGACAAGCAUGAGGACUCUGACAAGCAUGAGGACUCUGACAAGCAUGAGGAGUCUGACAAGCAUGAGGACUCUGACAAGCAUUGGGACUCUGACAAGCAUGAGGAGUCUGACAAGCAUGAGGACUCUGAACAGCAUGAGGAGUCUGACAAGCAUGAGGACUCUGACAAGCAUGAGGACUCUGACAAGCAUGAGGACUCUGAACAGCAUGGGGACUCUGACAAGAAUGGGGACUCUGACAAGCAUGAGGACUCUGACAAGCAUGAGGACUCUGACAAGCAUGAGGACUCUGAACAGCAUGGGGACUCUGACAAGAAUGGGGACUCUGACAAGCAUUGGGACUCUGACAAGCAUGGGGACUCUGACAAGCAUUGGGACUCUGACAAGCAUGGGGACUCUGACAAGCAUGGGGACUCUGACAAGAAUGGGGACUCUGACAAGCAUUGGGACUCUGACAAGCAUGGGGACUCUGACAAGCAUGGGGACUCUGACAAGAAUGGGGACUCUGACAAGCAUGAGGAGUCUGACAAGCAUGGGGAGUCUGACAAGCAUGGGGAGUCUGACAAGCAUGAGGAGUCUGACAAGCAUGGGAACUCUGACAAGCAUGAGGACUCUGACAAGCAUGAGGACUCUGACAAGCAUUGGGACUCUGACAAGCAUGGGGACUCUGACAAGCAUGAGGAGUCUUCAACCCCGUUGGGGAUUUGGACCCCGAUCUCUUGUCCACACGACACAGGGAUUCUUUAG